UCUUCGAGAGUCUUAAAGGGGAGCGGGCUCCCUCCCUCGUCAUCCACCCGCGUGGUCGGCGCCGUCCUCGUUGCUGCUGCUGCUGCUGCCGCCGCUGCUUCUUCCUCCUCUUCCUCCUCCUCCCCCAGCCAGGCAAAUGAGGCUAGACUUCCUUACACCACUUAAUUAACCAGGCACUUCUGAUCAAUUCCUUUGGCACCAUCUGUUCAUUAAAGGAUGCCGAGAAGAAGGUGAAGAAAAUGGUCUCUGGAUGGCAGACUCUGAAAAGAAAUGCUGUUUUAAGAGACACCAAAGAUGCUGACAAGAAAAAUUAAACUUUGGGACAUCAAUGCCCAUAUAACCUGCCGCCUUUGCAAUGGUUAUCUUAUUGAUGCUACCACUGUAACGGAAUGCUUGCAUACCUUUUGCAGGAGUUGCUUGGUAAAGUAUUUGGAGGAAAAUAAUACCUGCCCCACGUGCAGGAUAGUAAUACACCAGAGUCACCCUCUCCAGUAUAUUGGUCAUGACAGAACAAUGCAGGAUAUUGUUUACAAGCUUGUUCCAGGUCUUCAAGAAGCGGAAAUGAAAAAGCAGAGGGAAUUCUACCACAAAUUGGGCAUGGAAGUACCAGGUGACAUCAAAGGGGAGACGUGCUCAGCCAAGCAGCAUUUAGAUACUCACCGUAAUGGGGAAACUAAAGCAGAUGAGAACACAAACAAAGAAACAUCAGAAGAGAAACAGGAAGAAGAUAACGAUUAUCACAGAAGUGAUGAACAGGUAAGCAUCUGCUUGGAAUGCAACAGUAGCAAAUUGCGUGGAUUGAAGAGAAAAUGGAUUCGUUGCUCAGCACAAGCUACAGUCUUGCAUCUAAAGAAGUUCAUUGCCAAAAAACUUAAUCUUUCUUCAUUUAAUGAGCUGGAUAUAUUAUGCAAUGAAGAAAUACUGGGCAAGGACCAUACUCUCAAAUUUGUAGUUGUCACAAGAUGGAGAUUUAAGAAAGCACCUCUACUGCUACAUUACAGACCGAAAAUGGACUUGCUGUAAGAACUGUUUUGUCCUUGUGGACGGUUUUUUUGCAGAGACUAUCAUCAGGCACCUUCUUAGUGCAUCAUUACUCAAUUCACUUGUGACAUAGACCAGCAAAAUCCAUUCCUGAAAAAACAGUAGUACUUUCCCACCCCACCAUUCUGAAUAUUUCUCUUGAGAGAUGCAUUAAACUCAACGUUCAGGACAGUAAAAAAAAUAUUUAUACUAUUUUCUACAAAAAAAGAAAAAAAAGAAAAAGGAAAGUGCAGUUUGGACGGACACUACCAGCAUGAUGUUUACAGACAUUGAAAGCACUUCACAGUUCCCUCUGUGUAGCUCAGUUCUUGGUCAUCAUCUUGAAAGAUGCAAAAUAGGUUAAAAUGUAGGGAAGGAGGUAAUUUUCAAUUUCUUGUCACCAAGCAGCUCUUGGAUUGUUUUGCAACUUAGUUUAAACAUAGCCCUUCCUUCCUUCCUUCCUUCCUUCCUUCCUUCCUUCCUUCCUUCCUUCCUUCCUUCCUUCCUUCCUUCCUUCCUUCCUUCCUUUUUUUUCUUCUCUCACCAAGUGUUCUGUCUCUUAAAUCUCACGGGCAUCUUGUUGAUCAGUAAGCCCUUCAUAGUAUUUAAUAUUGAAAAAAAAUGUAAUGGUUGGCAGUGACUUGACAUCAUGAUACAGUUCUGGAUUCUGCUCCUUUGUUCCUCUGCUGAUUCAUUUGAGGAAGGUAUUGGAAUGAGUGAUUUCCAUUUUAUUUCAGUUUUCUCAGAUCACAGAAAUAGUUGAGCAUUUAGGGGGGGAAAACAUCCUUUUUCUGUAAUAUGUGUGACUUACAUAGCUGGGGCGGAAACAGGGGGAUUUCCUGUUCUGAAAAUGAAAUAAGCCUUUAGCAGCCUUAACUACUUGAACUCCAGUAUUGUCCUCUUGAACAACACACAAUACUAAUGCUGGAGCAUGCAUUCUGUGACAAGCAUGAGUUCACUGACCUUCCUUCUGGGUUCUAGCUUCUAUAAGAAGACCAUUGUGUUUGCCUAAUUCUCUACUUGAACUUCGGAUUUAGUUGGCACUAUGGUACUUUUGGGCCUUAACUAUAAAUCUAUUUAUUUUUAAAUCCAGCCCCCAAGGGAUUGAUUUCUCCCUCUAGACUAUGUAAGUGCACUUUCUCUUUAAGUAGCGGUGGGAACGGUGUGUGAAGGGCAAUGUUGCUUUCCCUUUAAUAUCUUUAAGGUUGGGUGGUUGUUGUUUUAAAAAAAGGUUUCAUUCAGUGGUGGAACUGCAAGUAUGGACCAUGCAAAAUAUAUGUUGUUCUUCAUCUGGACUAGAUAUGUAAGACUCUUUCAUCUGGGAGAACCACGUCAUUGAUUUUAAAUACUCCAUUGUGUUCAACAAUGCAUGCGCAUACUCCUUGUUGCAUGUAUAUAGGCAUGUAUUCUGUGUGUGUCUCUCUCUCUCUCUUCCAUAUGCACAUACAUAUAUGCAGAGGCAUAAGUAUUCUUUGCAUGAACACAAGUCUGCCUUUCCUCCAUUGGACACCAGUUUGGAUGGGAUAUGACCAGAACAGGGAAGAAGUUGCUGCUGAGAAGGAUUACUGAGAGGGUAUAUUUUUUAAAUUUCUCAAGAUUUUUCUCUUUGAUGCAGAAGUUUGCCUUUACUCUGUCUUACUAGCUCUAUUGCUUAUAAUCCCGCUGCUAAUUGAACCAAGUCCCCAGACAGAAGCAGAGGAUAGCCCAAUGAGGAUGGGUUAUAUUGGCUGAGUUAGAGAGAGAGAGAGAGAGAGAGAGAUCACUAGGAAAACGGAAACUUGAGCUUUCUCCAUCCUUUAUGGAGGUCACUUCCGUUUGGAGGUUUAUGUGCUGAUGGUGAGUAUUCAGGACUGCUAGCCAUUUGCUAAUGUUUGUUUCUUGUUCUUCUGAAUAUCCUUGCUCUGGAAGUGUGACUCACAGGGAAUCUUUCCUAUAGGGAGCAAGCCUCAUCAAGUAUAAAAAAAAAGUUGCAUGCCAGGGGUGGGUGAGUGGACAAACUUGACUAAGUGUAUGGAUGGAGCAGGAAACAAAAUGCAAAUGAGUAAAUUCAAAUGUGAGGCAAGAAAGGGCUCUUUUCAUACUGUUCAGUGAUUUUUUUUAGACAUCAGUAAUGCAUCGGAUAACAUAUAUUCAAUUAAGCUAUUUGAUAUCCUUUUCUGGAAUAAAUUGUUCUCACACUGGGGAAAUCCCUUGCAAUUUCUGUUAGAAGGAGACCAAACACAUUCCUUUCAUAAUGCAGAUUGUUUCCUAUAUAUCCCCUGUAGUUAAAAGGGUCACGCUUUUU